AAGUGAUCACGAUGGAUGCAAGGUUUAUAUUGCUAGUGGUGGUGUUAUGUAUCUACCAUGCGGGAAGAGUGAGAGCAUCAUGUGAUUGCAAGCUAAGUGCAAGUACUACACCAGUAGCACCAGAGAUCAUCAAAUCAAGGCUGGAUGCACAAGAGGCCAUUAUCAACAGAAUCGAAGAGAAGUACCAAAAGAUACAACAAGACAAUCAGGUAAAACUUGAGCGAUUGAAGAAUUCCAAAAGAGAUGCGGAAAGUGGAACCGAUAUUGUAUAUACAGAAGCAAAUCAAUGUGCCAAGAAGGGCAUGUUACGCUGCAUAGAAUCAGGAGAAUGUAUCCAUCAACUAUGGGGCUGCGAUGGGGUAGUGGACUGCUUAGAUGGGUCUGACGAGGCUAACACAACAUGUAUAAACCCUUACAAGAUUGGUGACAAGUUCAAAGUGAUUCUCCCUUGGAAACAGAAAUGUAUCACAGAAGCUUUUUCAUUCGUUAAAAUAUUUCAAACAGUGACGGGAGUGAAGAGCGCAGAAUAUUUUCCACAGAUUGUUUUAGGGACUGCCAGAGGGACAUAUACAUUUAGAGAUAACAAGGGAAGGAAUGUUGAAGGCAUCGUAAAAACAAAUUUUUCCUACAAUUUGGCAUCAAGAGAGGCAAUUUGGAGAAAUACUGCUGACAGAUUUAAAAUAACAGGAUAUGCUUUUGUGCCAUAUUACCUUGGUUCAACUACCAUAACUGGUGAAUAUUACUUCGGACAUGAUUUAAAGAAGGUUUGCUCAAAUGCAGCUUGGUAUCCAAAUGUUUGAUUCUCACUGAACAUGUUUGUUUCGAGAAUUCAAAGACCAAAAAAUAAAUGAAAAUUAAGAAAUAAU